CUUCUAUUAGAUGAUCCUGAAAAUUUUACUUGGGCCCAUGGGUGGCCCAUAAAAGAACAAAUGGAAAAAUCUAGCGAAGGCGGCUCAAGUGUAGACAUGAGGUGGCAGAAAAUUCAGAUAACUGUACUUGAGGUCUCAAGAGUCAAGGAAGAAGGAUGGCUAACGCAGAGAGCAGCCUCAAAAGCUGGAGAUGGUCUCUAAAGGGAAUGACUGCCCUUGUCACUGGCGGCACACGUGGAAUUGGGCAUGCAAUAGUCGAGGAACUAGCUGGAUUUGGUGCUGCUAUACACACGUGCUCAAGAAAUGAAACUGAGCUCAAUAAGUGCUUACAACAAUGGCGAAAUAAGGGUUUUGUGGUUACUGGGUCAGUUAUUGAUGCUGCUGUUUCUGCUCAGAGGGUGAAACUGAUGGAAGAAGUUGGCACCAUUUUUAAUGGCAGACUCAACAUACUUAUAAACAAUGUUGGGACAAAUGUCGAAAAGCCAACUAUGGAGUACUCAUCCGAAGAAUUUUCAAAGAUAAUGACUACCAAUUUUGAUUCUGCAUACCAUCUGUCCCAACUCGCACAUCCUCUUCUGAAAGCAUCUGGAUCAGGCAGUAUUGUGUUCAUUUCCUCUGUUUCAGGUGUUGUGCAUGUUCUUAGUGGAUCCAUCUAUGGAGCAACGAAAGGUGCAAUGAAUCAACUAACCAGAAAUUUGGCUUGUGAGUGGGCUAAGGACAAUAUCAGGGCAAACAGUGUUGCUCCCUGGUACAUCAAAACCUCGCUGGUAGAUCAUUUUCAUGCAGGCGCUGAAAGACGAAAAUUUUGUGGAAAAGAUAGUUGCGCGAACUCCUCUUGAACGUGUUGGAGAACCGGAGGAAGUUGCAUCUCUGGUAGCAUACCUUUGUCUCCCUGCUGCUUCUUACAUCACUGGACAAGUUAUAUGUGUUGAUGGUGGAUUCACUGUAAAUGGUUUUAACCGUGGAUUUUAGACUAAACUGAAAAAGUAAGCCUCAUAUCUCCAGUGUUUUAUAUAUAGAUGAUGCCCAAUAAGGCUGAAAGGCCAUAUCUGAAAUGUCUUUUGUCAUUGUUCUUGAGCAACUUGUUCUCCCCUACAGAAAAUAACUCUCUAUUCAGAUUUAAACUUGUUUUGAUGUAGUGAUCAAUCUAUUCCGUGAGCUACAAUUUAUGUCAUUAAUAAUAAUAAUAUUAUUAUUAUUGAUGAUGGCCA